UCCAAACUCUACCACAAACCACCCAUCUUAACACACACACACAAACCAUAAACCUUCUUUCUCCAUCAAAAACCAAACCAAAAUCCUAUAAUUGGAAUCUUUUUCUUCUGUGCUGUGUUUUUCUUUUAAGAUUCAUUUUACUUAAGACUUCAAACUCUACACAAACACACUCAUUCAUUUGUUACCAAUAAUGGCUUGUGCAUUGCAAGCUACCAUAACAACCAACACAUGUGCCUUUUCAACAAGGAAAUUCUCCUUGAAGCAACAAAAGAUUAACAAGAGAAGUUCAUGCAUGUUCAUUGUUAGAGCUUCUUCUGAGUCUGAUUGUAAUGAUGAAGAAUGUGCCCCUGAUAAGGAAGUUGGGAAGGUGAGUAUGGAAUGGUUAGCAGAGGAGAAGACAAAAGUAGUAGGUACAUAUCCACCACGUCGUAAGCAGGGUUGGACAGGCUAUGUUGAAAAGGAUACUGCUGGACAAACAAAUAUAUAUUCAGUCGAGCCAGCAGUUUACGUGGCAGAGAGUGCUAUAAGUUCAGGAACAGCUGGUACUUCUUCCGAUGGAGCUCAGAACACAGCAGCAAUUGCUGCUGGUCUUGCACUGAUCUCAAUUGCCGCUGCAUCAUCAAUACUUCUACAGGUUGGUAAGAAUUCUCCUCCUCAGGUCCAAAAAGUCGAAUACUCUGGGCCAUCACUUAGUUACUACAUCAACGAGUUCAAAACACAAGAAAUUACUCAAGCGCCCUCUGUGUCUACUGAGACAGAGCUAUCAUCAUCUGUUCCAACAGAGAGUGAUGUGCCUACUCAGACAGAACUAUCAUCAUCUGUUCAAUCCGAGAGCAUCGCGCCCGCUAAGACAGAACUAUCAUCAUCUAUUCAAACAGAGAGUGUUGCGACCGAUGCAUCCAUAUCUGUUCCACCUGAAAGCUCUCCUGCAGAAGUUUCUCAAGUUCAAGUGGAAUCUCAAAUUCAGACAGAGACCUCAAGUGUGGACAUCGUAUCUUAAGUGAUCACUUGUGUGACCACUUUUUCUUUAAAAGCAUGCCAAAGUAGUUCAUUCUAUGUUGAUAAUAUGAGCUUAUGUAUACAAGGUUAAUGGAUGGAAAUGUUUUUGCUACCAAAUUAAGUGUGUUUAUAUUUUGCUAAUGAAAGAGAUAUGAUAUUAGUGAACACAACUAAAGGUUAAGCGUUACAUAUCUUACUUUUAUAUAUAAUUCUCAAAAUAGUGAAACCGUAUUUGAAAUAUUA